UUCUGUUUCACUGCUCCACAUCCUGUAAUUCUGGACAGGACAUUGGUGAUUUUUUAAAGAGACUUUGGUGUGAUAAAAGCUUACACCAUCUUGGAUCUUUCUUCUUUUGGGAGUCUCCUAUUUUUUCUUUUUCACCCGAUUGCUGUCUUGAACUUUCAGUGGUCCCUGUCCCCCCAACUCUGCUUCUCUUCCUUGGGCUAUGCUAUCUUCACCCACUGUGAUCCUCCAGCCUUAUGGACUGCCUGUCUACCCACAGACAACCACAUGCUACCCUGGCAUAGUUCAGGGGGCCCCAAGCCAGGAGGCCGGCCCCGGCACUGGUGACCCGGCACUACCUCAGGUCUAUGCCCCCUCCUUCCCUCCGCCCGCUCCCGGUCAGCCAACAUCUGCUGGCCGUCUGCCACCUCUGGACUUCGCAACUGCUCAUGCCAACACUGAGUACUCUGAACACCCCCAGCUCCGAGUCUACCAGGGCCCCCAGCACGACGGGACAGAGACGCUGACCUCUGGCAGUACGGAAGACCCUCUAGCUCCUGUCAGCUCCGACUCUCAGUCUUUGAAUGGUUCCGUGCCCUCCAGUGGUGGAGCCGGCAGUGGGAGUGAAGAGGAGGCCACGGGGAAGGCGCAGCCGAAACGUCUCCACGUGUCCAACAUCCCCUUCCGCUUCAGAGACCCCGACCUCCGCCAGAUGUUUGGGCAAUUUGGCAAAAUCCUUGACGUAGAGAUCAUUUUCAACGAGAGGGGGUCUAAGGGCUUUGGGUUUGUCACCUUUGAGAGUGCAGCAGAGGCUGACAGAGCGCGGGAGAAACUGAAUGGAACCAUUGUGGAAGGAAGGAAGAUUGAAGUCAAUAAUGCCACUGCGAGGGUCGUCACCAAAAAGCCACAGUCAACGUUGGUAAAUGGCGAUAUUACAGCCUCAGGUUGGAAGAUCAAUCCAGUGAUGGGAGCAAUGUACGCCCCUGAACUCUACACGGUUGCCAGUUUUCCCUAUCCUGUAGCAGCACCAACUCUGGCCUACAGGGGCUCUGCCCUGAGAGGUCGAGGUCGAGCAGUUUACAACACAAUUCGCUCUGCUGGAGCUACACCUGCGGCCGUGCCCGCCUAUCCAGGCGUGGUGUACCAGGAUGGACUUUAUGGAGCAGAAGUUUAUGGAGGAUAUCCAGCUGCUUACAGAGUCGCUCAGUCUGCAUCUGCAGCUGCUGCCACUUACAGUGACGGAUAUGGAAGAGUGUAUGCCACAGCUGCCGACCCCUACCACCACUCUGUGGGUCCGACAACAACAUAUGGUGUUGGAACUGUGGCCAGUUUGUACAGAGGAGGCUACAACCGCUUCACCCCGUACUGAGACGCCUGGCGAGUGUCGAGAGCUCUCUGCUGGCCUCUGGCUGAUACAUGGACGCUGCUGGACAGGUUGUGAGAUCUUCAGAAAUCUCCAUGAUGAUAGCUCCUCCAGAGGCAGACUGAGCAUGCUGAAGAUGUACAUACUGAUCGCCCCUAUUCCGGACACAGGUGGAGAACACAGGGGAUGGCUAAGUGUAUAGACCUUAACUUAAAGCCUUAAAGUAAGGGGUUUGUUUUAUGCAUUUGUAAAGGAUUGUUUUGUGUGUCCAUUGUGAAAAUGUGAUUUUUAUGAACAUUAUGUCAGUAUUUCACAAUUCACGGGUCGAAUUUCAGAGUGGACGGUACAUGAGCGUGCGAGUGAUCAAGUGUGUGUGCUGGACUCAUCUCAAAGGCAGCUGUGACACUGCUUCAGCUCCUUCAUCAUAACCACUGCCUCAACCACUCCUUUGUUUAUAAGCCAACUGUUUUUCAUUAACAAUCUACCUCUACUGACCGUGUUGCUGCCUUAACAUGUAGUUAUCUUCCGCAAAAGGAUUGUGACCAGUCUGAAAAAGCGAGUCCUCCACUGAUAAAGUGAAUGGAUGGAAUACAGUAGAAAUUAACCUUUAAUGAAGUAGCAAUAAUAUGUUGGGACUUGAAGCUGAGACUAUCAUUUUAAGAGAUACUUGAGAAUGAAGGCGAAUUCAAGUGAACACGUUUCACAGAAGAAGCAAUACUACGAGUGCUGGUAGGAUUUAAAUCAUUACGUUCCAACAGGUAAUGCUUUGCAGAUGAGAUGAACUAUUUGAACAGGCAACAUGUGUCCACCAUAGCUCACAAUCCUAGUUUUCUAGUUUACUGCCAUCAACAUUUGUUACCACUGGAUGUUGCACUUUCUGCUGUGUUUACCUUUAAAUAAACUUUUUUUCUUAGCUUCAACCUUCUAGGUUUUUAAAAACAUUCUUAUAAUGUAUAUCUGACUUGCCUGUCCCCUGCUGUUACUUAAUUUUCUUCUAUUUAAUUAAGUCUGUAACCUUUUCAUUUUCCUGCAUGCAUCUCAGUAGCUUAUCUUUGCUUGACUCACUCUUUUUUGCUACUUUAAUAAACACCUUUCUUCUUGCUUCUGUCGCACAAUCAAGUGAUUUCCUGAGCUCAGGACUUGUUUAACUGGGAACAUGGUGUCACAGGUGCCUUUGUC